AAGGCCAAGAUUCAGCUGAAACCGAAUCUCUCUGACCCAGUUGCUAUGAAUAGCUGCUUGUUUUGCAGUGAGCAAACUUGAAUCCGAGGGAGAGAGAGAGAGAGAGAGGGGGUAGAUAAGAGUGGGACAGAGAGAUCUGGGGAGGCAGACAAAGGUUACAUAAAAGGUUAAGGUUUAAAGGAAUUCAAGAUAACGUAUUUUGCUGUAUUUCAUCAGUAAUUCUAAGAACUGUAGGAAGGAGUUACAUAAAAAGUCAAGCCUUUCCGCAGACAUGGAGUUUACUAGGUUUAACCUUCCAAUGGAAUGGGAAGAGCGAUGGAGGAGAGAGAAAGAGCAGAGGAGAAGAGCAAUUGAAGAUCGUGGCCAAGAAGGGAUUGAACAGGACAACCGUGAGCUGAGGAGCAUUGUGGCCUUCAAUGACUCCAGGAUGGGGCUGACAAGUGGGAGGGGAAAGAAAGAGGGGUCCGAGGACAGGAGGAGUGGCAGUGAGGAAGGAAUUGAGGACACAUCUGGGGAUGAAGGAAUUGGGGAAGUCCACACAUACCGAAGUGAAACCUAUCCAAACGAGAUAUUCAAGGCCUUGAAGGAAUUCUGGGAUUCUUCUCUUCUGACUGACCUAACUCUGACCACUCAUAAUGGAAAAAGCUUUAACGUACACUCCAUUAUCCUUGCUGCAAUCAGUUCCUUUAUCCAACAGAGGCUGAGGGACGGAAAUGGAGAACGAAUACAAAAUGAUGACGACCAAAGGUGGGCGGUGUCUCUAUCUCCUGAGGUGGAUCUUGUUGGGCUGAAGGCUGUUUUGGAGUUUGCCUACACUGGAGCCGUAUUGUCCUGUAACAAAGAGAGCAGGACCUCGAUUGUGGCUGCAGCUCAAAUACUGGACAUCCCUAGAUUGCUGGAGUUCUGCAACGAAGAGGAGAGGACGAAAGAAGGUAGAAGUCCUAAGAAGGAAGAGCGAAAGAUCUCAGCCCUAGAACAGAUGAAGAUAACUCUUCAGUCCAUUGAAAAGUUGUGGGUGGACAGAGUGGGAUGUAAUGUGAUUUUGGAGGUGGGCGGUGCUGUACUCCAUGUCCACAGAGUCAUCCUGGCAGCAAGUAGUGAAUACUUCCGUGGCAUGUUCACUUGUGGUAUGAGAGAAUCACAUCAAACCCGUAUUUCCCUUCCCUUCCUAUUAGCAUCUGAGUUAGAUGUUCUGAUCAGCUGUUCCUACAAUGGCAUGCUUCCACUUAGCUGGGACUGUGUCUUUGAGAUGACAUGCACGGCCCUCCAGCUUCAAUUCCAGCCUGCCCUAUCACUUUGCCUCAACUUCCUGCAACAGGAAAUGGAAGCAAGCUCCUGCCUUGACGUGGCCUCUUUUGCUGAAGCCUACGAGAUGACAGAGUUGCUCGAGGAAGCCAAUGACUUUGUACUGAGGAACUUCUGGGAGGUGUCAGUCACUCCAAAGUUUCAGGACUUACCGGCAGAGAAGCUGCUGGACAUCAUCCGCUGCGAUGAUCUGUGCGUGCCCUCAGAGUUGGCUGUGUUCAGAGCUGUAAUAUCCUGGGUUGAAGCUGAUCCUGAGGAGAGAUGGAGCCAGGCUGGCUUACUUAUGAGCGGAGUACGGUUCCCCCUCAUGACCUUUCGAGAGUUCAGGGAGGUCAGAGCCAUUAACCUGCGCAUAGAGUGCUUUGGAAACAAGGAGGUGGAACUCUAUGGUUCAGCACUCAAGGAAUUUGGUUUUAGCCUUCCCGAAACCCAGGAUCAAUGCCGGGUCCGGCAUCCCAAAGACGCUCUGGUUGUGGUUGGGGGAGACCAGCUGAACCCAGAUGGGUGUCAGCGCAUACCAAACAAGGAACUUUGGUUUGCCAACUCCCUACGCAGUGGCACAGGGUUGGUGAAGGCGAUGGAGUGGAGGAGGUUGGGUGAGAUGCCAGACAAGCCAAAGUUCAGGCAUGGAGUCGCAGCAAUGGUCGGAAGGUUGUACGUGAUUGGAGGCUGUUUCUACUACACCAAGGAUGACAUCAUGAGAUCCGCCUACAGUUAUGACCCUGUGCAGGACAGCUGGAAGAGGCUAGCUGACAUGCAGGAGUUUAGAAGCAACUUCUCAGUGGUGGUACAAGAGGGGUGUCUUUAUGCCAUUGGUGGAGAUAAGGAGAUCAAUACCAACGUAGACAGCGUUGAAGUGUACAACCCAGACACUGACUUCUGGAGCUUUGUGCAGCCCUUGGACCAGUCUCUGAGCGGCCACGCUGCCACUGUCCUAGAUGGAGCAAUCUUCAUCUCUGGAGGUUUCAACUGUAAGUACACGUGUUUGGUUUCCAUGUUCCUGUACCACCCAGAGAGAGGAACCACCUACCUGUCCGACAUGACCCAUGAUCGGGCCCAGCAUUGCAUGGAGCCACUGCGAGGCCAUCUUUACGUCGCCGGUGGUGUGCGUAACCUAGGGACGUUUUACACCGACCAACCGGCCUGUGAGGUGUACGAUCCUGUGGCUGAUUCCUGGACUGCCUUCGCCUCACUGCCUGUUCCCCAUGUGGGUGCAGCCUCAGUCGUCCUGGAGGAGAAAAUCUUUGUUCUUGGAGGAUACUGCCAGGACGAUUACAGUGAGUCUGGACUGAUCCACAGGUUUGAACCGAUCACACAGCGAUGGGAGACUAUGGGAAAACUGCCCGGGGCUGUUACUGACAUACGGGCGUGUCUGCUACGAUUGCCCCAGCACUUUAGGCUUUAGUAACUGAAUGCUCUUUGGUUUUGUAAAUGUGGUU